UUUUCUUUUUUUUUUUGGGCCUCGCUCACCUACACUAGCUGACUCAAGUUACUUAAGACCCUACUAAACUUAAUCCAGCUUAUUGGAACACUUGUGGUUAUCCUACAGACAAAGUUGCCGAGUAUUUCAUUCGACUUGUCUGCCUGAAUAAUUUGUACUAAUUAGAUAUUCAUUUACUAGAGUUUAUUGUAUAGUAAAACAUAUAUUUCAAUAUUAUACCAUCACUUCAAACAUUCAUAUCAUCUCCAUAAUCCAACAUUACUCAUUACUUAUCACAUCACCCCUACAUUAUUUUGAAGGAUAGAAGAAUACUCUGACAGUGAGGAGAGUCCUGUUCAACAAUAUUACUUCAAAUUAUUCUUUAUACUUGUUUGGAACUUACCUCACAAUCAAUCAUACAUACAUAUAUAUUGAUUAAUCUGUCAUAAUGAGUUUCUCUGGCUUUUCUAAUAAUGUUGGACAAUUUUCAGAGUCAACAACAAAUAGUCCAUACUUAAGAUCAUCUCAAAAUGUAUCUUUAACAUCUAUCCCAACCAAUGAUAAUGAAUCACGUCUAAGUUUUUUCACACCUGAACCAGAAAAUAUAGCAGUUACAUCUUCAAUAGCUUCCCUUAAUGGAGACAAGGUAAAAUCUUCUACAUCAACCAAACGUCAAAUUCCCGUAACCAAUAAACAUACACAACCUCAAGAUAAUAUAAAUAAAAAGAAGAAACGAAGAGCUAAUUAUCAUGCUUGUGAUGGAUGUGCCUUUAGAAAAGUUGGUUGUGAUGAAGGAAAACCAUGUAAACCUUGUAUUAGAGCAAAAAUAGAAUGUACUUUUAAUAGAGAUAUUGGUAAAUCAGGUCCAAAGACUUGUCGUGCCACUACUUUUCAAAAGAUUACUAAUUAUCAAGCUAUAUCUGAAAUUAGAAAUGUUAUUGAUCCAAGUGAUCCUAGUAAUACUUCAGUAGCUAGUGGUAUUAAAUCAUCUAGUCCAGUUAAAGAUCCAGCCAUUGAAUUAGAAGCUUCAGGAUCAUCAAUAUCUCAUUUAUCUACAAGUAAUCCAACUCCAAUCCCUUCAACUGUUUCCUCAAAUCUUGGCAAUAAUAAUCUUACUUCUAAUACUAUUUUAUCAACCAAUUCUAAUAAUAAUACUAAUCAUAAAAGAGACAUCGGGCCCAAUUAUAGACCAACACCUUCAAAUCUUAUUGAAAAUAUAAAAUUAAUAGGAGAAGAACCAAUUAUUCGUGAUUUACUUCAACCAUUAACAGUUCAAUCGCUUAUUUUAAAUCAUAGUAAAUUAACUGAUUUUUUAAAUGCCAAUUUUGCUAAUUAUUUCAAUUCUCCAAUUAAUCCAAUGGACCAGGAAAUUAAUCUUUCAAAUCAUCAUGAUGAUCCAUUAUUUUUAUCACAAAUUCUUAUAAUUCUUACUAUCAAUUUAUUAAUUACCGAAAUAUUAAUUAAAUUUAAAAAGAGAAAAUUUAAAACAUUCGUUAAAUAUCCUAAAAAGAAUAUGGAUAGAGAUUUUAAAACUUUUAAAAAUUUAUGUCAUUAUAAAUGUAUUGAAAUAUUUUCUUACAUUGAGAUAAAUUUAAUUGUUCCUACAGUAAUUCCUCCUAAAGCAGUUAGACCAAGUGCAAGUGGUAUUGUUGGAAAUAGUGGUAAUAAUAUUAAUAAUGUUCUUCAUUCUAACAGUAAUUCUACCAACAAUAAUAAUCCCACUAAUACUACUAAUAGUGCUUCCACUGCUGCUACUACUACUUCUACUACUACUAUUAAUAAUAAUAACACCACUAAUAAUAUUAAUAGUAGUGGCCAUAAUUUAAAUAAUUUGCAUCAAGUGUUUUAUAAUUUAUCAUUAAGUUGUUUACACCUUUGUAAUUAUUACCAUACAUUGAAUCUCACCAAUACUUUAAAUGCAGUCCCAACAGUUCCUACAUCUACUAUAAAUGAGGAAUCUACUGAUAAUAUUAGUAAUAAUAUUUUAAGAGAUGGAAAUUACGGGAAUGAAAUACAAGAAUAUCAAAAAGUAUUAAAUUUGAAUAGGAGUAUUACCUAUUUUCAAUUAAUUAAUAUUAAGAAUAAACAUGAUAAUAGUUUAAAUAUUAAACUUUCAGAAUUAUUUGAAAUGAUAUUCACAUUUGAAAGAUAUUAUUUAAUAUUUUCAUCAUUUAAUUAUAAUAUGCAUAGAUUCCGUAAUAAUGAUAUUAUAAUUCAAUUGAAUUGUAAUAAAAUUAUGAAAUAUAAACGUGAAAGUAUUAAUAAUAAUUAUAAAUCAAAUCGACUUUUCCAAUUGUUAAAUUUCUUAGAAGAUGGAGAAGAAAAUGAUGAGAAACAUUUCUCAAAUUUAUGUAAAAAUACAAGUUUUAAUGUUAAAUUGAAUUAUAUAGAGGAUGGUAUUUUAUCUGACUACUGGAGACUCAAAAGGAAAAUUUAUGAAUUAAUCCCAGUCCUGGAUAAGACAGAUGAUAAUGAGAAAGUAUUUGAAAUCAUUAGGAAUGGGAUAUUAUUUAAAUUAUUAUUAAUAUAUCCAAUUGGAUUUGAAGAAUUAAGAACUGAAUUAUAUGAAUUAAUUGCUAAUUUAAAUCAGCAAUUACAACCAUCAGAUUCAGAAGUUUUCAAAUUAAAGAUUUCUAAUUAUCAAUUGAUACCACAUUUAUUACAUUUAUUAAAGACUAUUUUACAUAUUGAAGCCAUUAAAAGUAGCAAUCCAGGUAAUAUAGAAAUAGAUGAAUUAAAAUUAGAAUUUUUCAGUCCAGAUAGUGCAAAUCAACUUUUAACAUUUUCUGACUAUUUGGCUAAACAUUUUACAUUUUUCAAUAAUAUUAAUAAAUUGAUAAGGACAGACGCGUUAUUGAAUAAUUGGUAUAGAAACCUAAAAGAAAAUAUCAAUAGGUUAAAGAAUCAACCAAUAAAUCUUAGACUGAAUUUGCAUCAAGGUUCUGGAAUUAUUUCUAAUAAUAUUACAGAAAUUGCAUUACCAUUUGAUUUAGAUACUUCCGCCCUUAUGGAUGGAACUUCUCAUGGUUACACUGUACCUCCAGGCUUGGGACAUGCUAGAUUAUCAACGACCAAUUCUGGUACUAAUGGAACUUCGACUCCUGAAGAUGAAGAUUCUCAAAUGAUGAACCUGUAUUUUAUUCCCCUGCAGCAGGGUUCUUCCCAAGUUGGGCAACUUCAGCAGAAUCAUUAUUCGCAGCCUCAGAACUAUCAUCAGCCUCCAGCAAGACCAAAUAUGAUUGGUAUGUUAUCAUCUUCAUCGAUCACAGCAUCUACAACUUCUUCUUCCAUGAUAUCCAGCUCAAAUUCAGUAUAUAAUCCUCAAAUACCUAUAGAGGAACCAUUGCCACCUGUUUUAACUCCAUUUACUGCCACAAUUGAUUAUAAUGGCAAUUUCGGUAUACCAACAAGUAGUACUGGAACGGAGCCUACAUCUGAUCAGACAGGUUCUGUUCGUACUCCAAGCAAUCCAUUGAAAUUGAGUGCUAGUGCUACUAGUUUGCUGCAAUGGCUAGGAUCAUCUACUAGCUUUUCAAAUUUGGCCAAUAUAUUUUCUGGCUCUGGAGGUGGUGGAAAUAUAAAUAAUAGUAAUAAUACAGUUAAACCAGAAGAAAAUAGAGACAGUAAUCAAUUUUUGUUCUAGUAACAAUAAUUAUUACGGGUAGAAUAGUAAUUGUUCUUGGUCUGUCACGACGGAGCCAAGUACUAAUAUACAAUAAUUUGUUUAUGUAUAUAUUAGAAUAAUUGUAAAGCAAUAUACAAAUAAUCCGCAA